UAGAAUAUGGGUAGACCAAGGCCGGGCAUGCUACGCCAGGAUGUUUAGUCAGUCUUAGGCCCUUAAGGUCUUGGAAAUUCACUGUGUUCAAUAGGGUGGAAUCACCACAGACCGCCUGCACCAUAAAUUCCAUUGUCUGAUGGUCUGACUGGGCGAAUGGCCUGCCUAUUAAUACCAUACGAAGGCGAAUCGUACAGACCACAUGUAAAUGUCUAAAUCACUUGAAGGCAAGACAAAGCUAACGAAGUUAAAACACACUAAGAUGUCGGAUUCAGUGGAAAUGGAUGACUACAGUGAACAUGAAGUUGAACGAAUCAGAGCUGAACUUCUUCAGGAGAAGCAAAUGAAAGAAAUGCUGGAACAAUCAACAGCAGAAUUGAUGUUAACUGUAGCUGAAUUGGAGAAGAGAUAUGACUCAGUAGCUGAUGAUGGUAAUGAAUGGAAGACCAGAUUUGAAACACAACAGGAAUUGAACCAGCUGCUUCAAAAACAAAUAUUAUUCCUGAGGGAACGACUGGAAAAAACAAGGGAGAAUCUGAAGGAUACACAAGGGGGUGGAGAGAUGAGGUCAUAUGAUGAAUUGUCAGAGGCAAGUUUAAGAAAGUUGUUGAAGCAACUGGAAAGAGACAAAUCUAGUCUCGAAGGACAGUUGAAAGAUUAUGAAUGGAGGUUGGAUCAAGAGUCUAAGGCCUAUCACAAAGCCAAUGAUGAAAGGAAAGCAUGUCUAACAGAAAUACACCAGGCUCGCUCAAAAUUAGAGCAGGCAAAGUAUAUGGAGAAACAACCAUGGAAUAACCACAGCCUGUCCCCACGUGAUGCGAUGGUUAACAGGGGCAUGAAUGAAAAUGUGCCGGACAAUCACCGAAUACUGGACCCAAAGAAAGGACCGAUAAGAAAAACAGCAGCAGUAAAGAAACUGCCAAAACUGAAGUUGUAGAUUGAAGCAUUCUGUCAUCCAUGCA